AUGAUGUCAAAGACCUUCCACGGAAAGGUCGACGAGACAGUCGAUGCGCUCAUUAUCCUCGAAGCCUGCCGUCAGGGUGUCAUGCCCAGAAUUACACGCCGACUCUUGGCUGCCGAGCGAGGAGAGACUCGACCCCUACCCAACCCACCUAGCGAGGCAUCCUCUUCCUCUUCCUCUUCGUCCUCCUCCUCCUCAACUCGCAUGUCCUCGCGAUUAUCAGCGCCUGCAACCGCUGCAUCGAUCUCACCUUCGUCCUUGUCCUCUGCGACGGCCUACUCCUCUUCAUCCUCCCCAUCAACAACGUCAUCACCACCAGCAGCAACAUCAUCAUCGUCAACAGCAACAACAGCAACAACCAAUCCAUCACUGAUCAUCCCCGGCUCGGUGUUUGUCUUUGACGAAGAAGAAUCCGGCAUCUGCCGCUGGACCGACGGCAAGAUCUGGUCUCCCUCUCGGAUCUGUGACAAUUUCCUCGUCUACCGUGAACUGUACCGAAAGUUACCCAAUCAGAAGUGCUACACGACCUCGGACAAGGCCAAGAUGAAGGAUGGGUCUGGGUUGAAGGACCAGGCGUUGAAGGAGAAGGUUGAUAAGGAGAAAUUGGUGCUGCAUGGUCCACGCGAGUACCUCGAACUCCGCGAUCUCCCGAUCAGCAAGACCUUCGUGAUGAUGCAGUCCUACCGCGUCCCGAUCCAGAUCUUGCCUUUGGACUGUGACCAGCAGCCACUCGAUCCUGCCGACGAGUACAUCCACAGCAGCCGAAUCUUUGAGGCACGCGCCAGGAAACAGUCCACCCCUUUGGCUUCCUACAACGUGACAAGUAUGGAGCCAUUCAAGCGACGCAAGACUCGUGGCAGUCGUCAGCGGAGGCGUGUCGAGGAGGAAGUGGAGGAAGGAGAGAGUGAGGAUGAGCCCGAUUAUCUUGCAGAUGACACCAACAGCAAUAGUGGUGACCCCUGCAACGACUCGGGGAUGAUGAUAGCAAGUGGACCAAUUCUCCCACCAAUUGCUCCUCCUCUUCAGCCUCAUUCAGUUGCACCAGUAUACCACAAGUAUCCAACCCGAAGUCAGGAUCGCUACAUUCGUGAACGAAUUCGGCAACAGCUCAUGGAGCCAUGGAAUCCCUCUCCGUCUACCGAGUCGACACCCAAGGGUAAGAAACGAAUGAUGUCUUGGUCACGGUCCCUGGCGAUGGAGACUGAAGACACCUCGGCGGUCAAGGUUGAAAAUAAUAGUCCGUCAUUGGGACUCUCUUACUCGGCUGGCUGUUCGGUUGAGAGCGGUGGGGCCUUGCAGCAUGGCCUGGCAGAGGAGGACGAUGAGAUGGGUGGGAGUCAAUAUGGUGCCGCGUUUGGGGUGCCGUCGUCGUCUUUGGCCACGAGGGGUACGCCCAGUCAGAUGCAUGAAAUCAUGCAGUCGACGAAUACCAUACCUCUCCAAAGUGACAACGAGCUCAAAGUCCACAGGUACAAGACUGUGGAGCGCGAGUGGCGUCUCGUGACAUCAUCUCAGAGCUCGACUUCAAAUUCGGCCAUCAACGAUCCACUCGCCUACGCGCGGAGCACGUACAAUCCAGGGCAUGCUCAACCUCAACUCGUAAGCGCCUACCCUUACCAUGAGGGUUCCCACUGGCAGCAUCAAGAUCCUAAUUACUCACCACAACCGCGAUAUUGGGAUUUUGUUGCCUAUAACCAGAUGAACUCGCGGAGGACAUACUCUGGUCUUUACCCGGCGCAGCAGCUCUCGACGCAGUACUAUGACCCUCAACCGCAUCUUCAACCUCAAGACGAGUUGCAGUACCAGACACCGCCCCAACAGCAAGCAAUAUCGAACGAGGCUGUGAUACAUUAUAACGUAGCUCCGGCGUCAACUACAGUGAUGACACCCUUGCAAGAUCUACAAGGUUACUACAGCCACCAUGCAGGCGCAGAACAUUAUGAGCAACCUUUCCCACUCGGAUUCGACACAACCUCUGCUGCAACUUCGGAUGUUAUCCAACAUGCACAUGUAGGCUAUACGGGAUAUUCGCCCGUUCAGCAACCUUCGGCGCGCGCGGAACGGAAAUAUUCACCCUGGUCAAGCGGAUCUGUAUACUCCAGGUCAUCUUCUCUGUCGACGUCUCUGACCCUCUCGCCUGUUGUGCGCUCCAAAGCACUUGCUGGUCAAGAUGCUAGGCCUAACACUGGACCUGAUGUUGAUAACCAGCUUUCGCCUGUCGCUACGACCACGAACGAGAGACAGGACGUUAGUGGUAUGCACGCGUUAACUGGCAUCAGGCUUUGGUACGAUGAUGGGCCGUCCUAUGCCCGUCCGACAGUUAUGAGGCAGGUACAGUCGACAAUGACAACCACUUCCUCAAGCAGUCAAGGCCAGACCGUCACUGUGUCCUGUAUGCCCACUACUCGUAGUCCGGCAUUAUACAUUGCACCAACAGCCACUCCCAUCUUUGUUCAGGCCUCAACCACCAUGCCGACGACGGCGCCUGUCCUUAUCCCCAUGCAUGGCCCUGCAGCCACUUCGACAUCGGUCGCGCGUAUGGUGGAUGUUGAUCACCAUGGCCAGCAGUCUUCGAGCCCAAGCGAGCUGGACUCCCAGCCGCAGUAUCAGCCCAUUAAGGCAACCGACAGAACCUUUCGUCGACGCUCACUGCCGCACGUCCCUGUUAUGAGUUUCUCGGCAGGGACUGUUUUGGAAACCUGCGCCCUGGAUUCGCGUCAAGGAUCGCCCAUGACCUCGCGGGAGGAGGCAAUGCGGUCUAUUGCCCCUGAUCCUGGGUGUCAGGCAGUUUUCCCACAGGUUGACGCUAACGAGUCGUCAAUUCAGGAGCAGGAACAGGAGCAGUUCAUAACUGAUAGAGAAGAACGUGGUGUUGAGCCCUACUCUCCACAGAUGCAGGAGUCGCCAACUUCGAGACUACCAACCCAGAGUUCGAACGAGGCACUCUUUAUUAGCACCGGCACGACCCCAGCGAUGAUGACAUCCCACCAAGUCCAGAGACCCUCCUACUCUGUCGCAGGACCAUUCAGAGAAAACGUGAAAGCUUCGCCCUUGUCCCAUCAAACGGAUUAUGAGCCAUACUCUCCACAGACUCGCCGGGAGUACAUGCAUCCUCCAAGUUUUUUGUUCCGCGAUCUAGAUGAGCGAGAUGAUUUGGAUCGGUUGCUGGACUAUCACUCGCAGCAAAUGGGUGUGUUGGGGUAUGAUGAAGGCGAGGCGAUGGAGGGUCAUGCAGAUGAUGGUGAACGUUUACGAGAGACAAGCGGGUAUGAUGGUCUCGAGGAUUCUGAGCGCACUGUUCAGCAGAUCAUUCCGCCUCCUAUCAAUUCCCGUGCAGAGCGCGAGCAGCAGUCAUCAGGGAGACCUCAAUUGAUGGGCCCAAGAACACUUUCGGCACUGCACCACUACUCCCAAGAAGGGCCGUCCUCCGUGAGAGGCGAUAGUGGUGGUCCUCCCAUUGGGUCUGUUGACCCAACGGCGCCAUCUCUCAGCGUGGUAACUUCGAGUGGCAGUCUCGGUCAGGAUGAGUACCUCUUGCACCAGACCAAGCCACACAUCAGCAAGCAUAUCCGUCCACACGGGCACGAUACUGGCACGCGGAUUGGGAUCUCACUUGGUAUUGGGUUUGGCAGCUCGGAUGGGUAUGGAUACAUGCCUGGAUCUGAUGGCGGCAGCAGCGGACGAUUGAGGUCGAGUGGCACUGAGACUGGUGCUGGCACCGACGUUGGCUGGCAGGGAUCUGAGGACUUGCCGUGGGCGAUGAGACGACAGGAGGAUACAACAUCCAGCGAGAUUGCCUGUCAGUUGUUCUCGGGCCUUGGACCUGCUCGAGGACGAGGACGAACAGGGGAGGGACAUGUGUAUGCGAGCGGGAUGGGUGUUGGGAUUGGUACAGCAAUUGGGGGCGUCGUCCGCUUUGAACACGGAAGUCAUGGUAGUAGUGGUGAGCCUGUGAACGGUAGGACACAGUCGGUGCAGACUUUGCAGUUGAGCGAUCCUGUGGACCGGUAUUCGUUUGGACAUGAGCAGGAGGAGUCACCUUCGCCGUCUGUUUCACCUUUUAACGCGCGGGAGGAAGAACAGAACGAAGAAGAGAACGAAGAAGAGACCGAAGAAUGGUCUGAAUACACUCCACGAGAGAUGCCACUGCAUGGAGGUCGCGGUCAAGCCGCGAACAAACUGAGGCUGGAGGACACCGUGACCGAGCAGGUGGAGGCAAUGGAGGAAGACGACGAGGAUGAUGAGCUGGAGGUGCUUGUGUUGAACUCUGAGCAUUCGUCGGAGAGAGGUUUGCCUGUACAGAAGCACUACGACAACAACGAAGACAGUGACGAGGAAAAUGAGGAUAUGGGUCAAGGAUAUGAUGAUCGCGUACAGGGAGGAGACGUUGACUUUGCUAGGGGCCACGUUGGCGAUCAGCGCGAUGUUGGUUACGAGGUUAAUGGAACCGAGAUAUUCGACGAGCUGCCGAGCAGCCAGGAGUCGACCGUGUCCAAGGACUAA